AUGAGUUCAUCAUCGAUUCUAUUAAAUAAUCUUCGUCAAUUAAUGAAAUCAAAAAAAUAUUUUCAUCAAAUAAUUCAUGCUUAUAUUAUUCCAACAACUGAUCCACAUAAAAAUGAAUAUGUUGCUGAUCGUUAUAAACGACGAGAAUUUAUUUCAAAUUUUACUGGAUCAAAUGGUACAGCUUUAAUAACAGAAAAUGAAGCUCUUUUAUGGACUGAUGGAAGAUAUUUUGCUCAAGCUGAAUAUCAAUUAGAUCCAACAUCUUGGAAAUUAAUGCGUGAUGGAACAAAAGAUGUUCUUUCAAUCACAAAUUGGAUUGCAAGAAAUUUAGAAAAAAAUUCAUUUGUUGGAUGUGAUCCUCAACUUGUAUCAAUAAAUGAAUGGAAAGAAUGGAAAGAAACACUCGAACAAUCAGAUAAACAACUUGUACCUAUAGAUAUUAAUUUAAUUGAUAUUUUAUGGGAUAAACAAAGACCAGAAUUACCAGAUGAACCUAUUUGGAAACAUGAUAUUCAAUAUUCUGGUGCUUCAAUUGAUGAAAAACUGUCAAAAGUUCGAUCAAAAAUGAGUCAAUAUCAAGUUGAUCAUUUAAUAGUACACAGAACAGAUGAUGUUGCUUGGUUAUUCAAUUUACGUGGUGGAGAUAUUCCCUAUAAUCCUGUUUUUCUAUCAUAUGCGAUUAUUUCAAAUGAUUAUGUUAAAUUAUUUGUUGAUUUAAAUAAAUUAUCAGAUUCAAUAAAAAAAGAUCUUGAAUAUGAUAAUGUUAACAUUUAUUCAUAUGAUUGUUUUUAUCAACAACUAAAAAACGAUCUUCAAAAUAAAGAUCCAUCAGAUAAAUUUUGCGCAUCACCAUCAUGUAAUUAUGCUGUACAAACAAUAAUACCUAAAAAACAAUUAGUUAUACAAGAUGAUAUUGUUUAUGAAUUAAAAUCUGUUAAAAAUCAAUGUGAAAUUGAAGGAAUGAAACAAGCUCAUAUAAAAGAUGGAGUUGCUCUUUGUUCAUAUCUUCAUUGGCUUGAACAAAAUAUUGAAAAAAAUCAAGAUUUAACUGAAUAUUCAGCUGCUGAAAAAUUAAGAUCAUUUAGAUGUAAACAAAUCAAUUAUCUUUAUGAUAGUUUUGAAACAAUAUCUGCAAGUGGAAAAAAUGCUGCAAUUAUUCAUUACACUGCAAAGAAAGAAUCUGAUACAAAAAUAACUCGAAAUGAAUUAUAUUUAAUUGAUUCUGGUGGACAAUAUAAAGAAGGAACAACAGAUGUAACACGAACUGUUCAUUUUGGUCAACCAUCAGAUUUUGAAAAAGAAUGUUUUACUCGAGUAUUAAAAGGUUUUAUAUCAUUAGCAUCAUGUUUAUUUCCACCGCAUACAACUGGAGCUCGACUUGAUUCAUUGGCACGUCGUUCACUUUGGGAUGUUGGGUUAGAUUAUCGACAUGGAACAGGUCAUGGUGUUGGUUGUUGUCUUAAUGUUCAUGAAGGUCCACAAUCAAUUGGUACUCGAAUACGUUCCGAUAGUUAUUUACUUCCAGGAAUGAUUCUUAGUGAUGAACCUGGAUAUUAUUCUGAUGAUAAAUUUGGUAUUCGUAUUGAAAAUUGUGUUCUUGUUGUAAAAAAAAGUUCGAAAUAUGGAUAUUAUAAUGAAGAUUGGUUAACAUUUCAACAAUUAACAAUGGUUCCUAUACAACGAAAAUUAAUUGAUCGAUCAUUAUUAAACAAUGAUGAAAUUGAUUAUAUAAAUAAAUAUCAUGAAAGAGUUCGUCAACUUAUUCGAGAUGAAAUGAUUAAACAAAAUGUUGAAAAAAGUUUAUUAGAAUGGAUUCACACAAAUACAGAAACUAUUUAA